AGACUAGCAAUGAACAUAUUUAAAAUAAUUGUAAAACACAGUUGUGAUGUAUUUAUAAAGCCAUUUUAUAACCACAGUAACACAUAUAAAGAUAUACCCAACCUACAGCUUAAAGCCCAGCUGCACGAAACCUAACAUCUCAGUGCUACACCUUCUGAUAAAUCAUGCUAAGUACAUACUUAUAUGUUUCUGGGAUGAUUAUUUAAGCCAGAUUAAAUACAAGUAAACUAAAUAUGGCACUCAGGGUAGCAGGACCAGCUGCCUGCCCACACAUCAGAGAUUUCUAUUUUCCCACAGAAAUUCCUCUUUAGGCAGCUCUUUGCUUAGUGAGUUGAAUAAAGGGAAUGUACAGCUUAUGUGUAGGUGCAGUCGGGACUGAUUAGAGUGCUGCAGACACCAGAGCAAGUCUACAUCUUCAUAAUUAGCAGUGUGCAUAUAAAUACAAAGGCAACAGCAAACCUGGGCUGGCUGUCAGCCAUGGACAUUGCUCAAUUACUGAGACGAAAAAAACAGUUAUUUUAGAGACGAAAAAAAAAAAAAAACUUUGUGAAAGGGAAGAAAAUGGAGCCUUCGGAAAGAAAAUGGAUUGCUCAUAUUCUUGGAUUCCUUAGCAUUCUGCUCUUCCUUACAGCUACUGUGACCGUCACACUGGCUGUGUUGGUGUGGAACUCGGAUGCCAUCCAGAAGUGGAAAGACUGCAGAAAUAAACUUCACAAUGAAACCAUCAUGCUAAGGACAAAGCUUCUAACACUGGAGAAGGAAUAUAAACAUUUGAGGAGAGAGUGGGAACAGUGCUUACAGAGGGAAGAAGAUCUGAGGUUACAACUCAGAGAGUUCCAGAACAACUAUAGAAAUGUGAAUGGAACCUUGGUCUCUUGCUGGAAUCAUGUGCAUAUGCUAAAAGAGAAGACACUGGUAUUAGAAGUUGAGCUGUCUAGAAGUUUGAACGAAACCUCCAAAAUGAAUCAAACAAACAGCAUACUAAAUGGUGAGGUGGCCCAUCUGAAACAGAAGUUUGCAGCCACUCAGCGUGAUCUAAAUGGAUACAAAGAAUGUUAUUCCAGGAUAGUAGAAAGCUGGAAAAGUGCAAAAGCUGCAAGAGACCAGUGUGAGGCUAGUCGGACUGAACUACAAAACAACCUGCUCCAGAGAUGUUACAGAAUAGACUUACAGGAAGAGGACCUUGGGCCAUGCAGAGAAGCAGCAAGUUAUCUGGCUUCAUGCUGGGAACAGAAUGAAAUGAAAUGACAUGGACUGCAGCAGAACAUAAAAGAGCAGAGUCAGAAGAGGGACUGAAAACCUGCAGCCAAGGAAAACGCACCCCCCCCCAUGCAGUUUCCACUGACAAUUCCAUCUGGGGUGGUGCUCUUUUCUUAGACAGGAGCAAUAUCUUAUGGGUUUACCAUUAGCUUGAGGUAGCAGAGGAUUUGGUCUCGGGUGCAGCAGCACUGUUUUGUUUUAUGGGGUGUCUCUGUAACUUGAAAAGUGAUCUACAGAUGAAAUAUUGGAUUGAAAUUAGGACUUCAGACUAUGCUGAAUUAUAGACAAUGGCAACAGAAGUGAUUAAGGGUUAAUAAACGUUGCCACUUUUCCUUGACAAAUGCAAAACCUGAUACUGACUCUAAUUUUUGUACAUUAUCGUGUAAAGGUUGCACCUUACAAAUAAAAAGGCUCCCCCCUUCUUGGGUUAAAUAAAAUAUACACAAAUAUAGUGUAUUUUACACA